AUGCCGGUGGCUACCGGGCCUCCCUUGAAGAUCUCCAAGAGCUCCUCUGGCAUGAAGCCGGAGACCUCAGAGGACGCCGCCAGGGCCUCUCCUACUCCUCAGCCAAGUCCGAAGAAGAAGAAAAAGAAGGCUCCUUCCUCCCCUUCCAAGGCCGUGCCAGAUUCUUCCGAGCCGGCCAGCUCCGCUUCAGCAAAGGAUGCUCCCGAAGCUCCUGCGCCAACAAAGACCACGCCAACUCCUCCUCCGGCAACCUCCACCGGGAAGCCGGUCUCCACCAAGCCCACGACACCAGAGGGCGACAAGUUCACCGCCCAGCAACUUGCUGCGGUGGUGACUGCGGCCACGGCUCCUUCUACCGGCUCGCAGAUGCUAGUUCUGCACGCUGGCCGCGUCGCCGUGGUGGCCUCUGAGACGGCCUCCGCCCAGGUAGGCCGGAUCACAGAGUUCCAACGCCAAGGAGCUGACCUAGGCCAUCUGCUCGAUUACGCUGAAAAGUGGAAUCGGGCGGAUAUGACGCCGGCGACGCGGGUCCUCGGCAAGGAUAAGCUUCCGGUGGUCGACCCCUUUGGCCCUCGCAGCAUUGGACAUCAUUUUGGCCGGCUGCGGCACGCGGCCAAGGAGUUCGACAACGCUUGGCACGACGCCAGCACCAAUGUGACGAGCACGCUGGACACCCGGAAGAAGCUCUUUGAGGAGCUGUUGUGGGAGCACCGGGAGCUUUCCGAGGCUCACAGCAAGUGCCAAGCUCUUCCGGAGGUCUCCUUAGAGGAUCUCUCCGCCGAGCUCACCGCGUUGAAAGCUGAAAAAGAGCAGCUCACCACCGCGCAUCGCGAGGUGAAGGAGCAGGCUAUGCCGGCUGAGCUCAGGCACGCACGGGAGCUCAAGGAGGCCAAAGCCAGAGCAGAAGCCAAACUGGAUGAGACCCUUAAGGAGUAUACAGACUCCACUGCUGUGCUGCGGAAGGAGCUGGAGGAGGAGACGGCCGCGCGGAAGGCUGCGCAGGACAAGAUCGCCCAGCUCACCACCGAUCAAACCGACUAUGAUCGGAUGGUGAUGCAGAUCGACGCCCUUGCCUGCAGGAUCUUCCCGGACUCCCAGACGCAUGCGGUUGCCAAGGUCACGGAGCACAGGGCCCAGCAAACUUUGCCAAGUCCGGAUGCGCCCUGGGACGGCUACGACUAUCUGGUCGCGCUCUCCGCCCGGAUCCAGCACAUGCGCUCUGACGCGGGCCGGAGGAUCCGCGAGUGGAGAUGUUCAGCGGCUCGUGCCGGAGCGGAUGCGGCGCUGCGCAUCGCAUGCUCCUGGUACGAUGAUCUGGACCUGGACGCCUUCCACGCCCUCCGUGGCGACUCGCCUGCCGACAAGGAUCCGGUUCGCGUCGCCAAGCGCUAG